CAAAUGCAACAAUAUGGCGGAUCGCGCUCCGGCGCCGGCACCGCUGUAUAUUUCGCAGUGACUUGCUUCGGCAUUCGAAGUUGUUGAGGUCACGAAACUACGUGCGUAACGCAGGUACACACAUAAGUGCAUAUACAUACGUGCUCGCGCGUUGUUGAUCUCUUUUUCUAUCGAAAAUAAUUGUGUAUUAUUACUACGGAUUUUCACGUUCCUGUGAAGCAUCUACGACGCUCCUCAUCGUAGCUGUUGCCGUCGUUCUCAUCGUCAAAUUCUUAUCGAUCAGCUAUCCGUGCCAGCAGCGAUGUGCUUCCGUAGAUGAUGGAGUUGACGGAAACCAGCGACCUUCUUGCCGACCAAGUUAUGUCCUCGCGUCAUAAUCGUUGCUGAGUAAGAGGAAGAAUCUGUGUGUUGCUUGUCUAGAAGAGGACCAGCGACAACGCUUCGUGUCAGUCUGUCCAGUUUUGUGAUAAGAGCGUAGCGGGCGCAGUAAGGGCCCGAGCAGGAGAUACGUAGACCAUGCCAGGGCCAGGGGCGGAGUGGUGACCUAGACCUCAUCCCUCGGCUCCGACCCUCGAUGCUUACGCUACGAUUGGUGUCGACUCACUUCCUGAAGCAACCAUAGGCAGUGCCCUUCGCCUUAGUGAAAGGGCUCGAUGCGAUGUGCCGUGAUAGGGACAUGAACCCAGAACUAGUCGAGUCGCACGAUCUCCGUUUAACGCCGUCGUCGUCGUCGUCGUUACCGUCGGCGUCGUCGUCGCCGUCGCCGUCGUCGUAAAAAUAAAGACUCGGUUGUUCGAAAUUUUCACGUGCACACAAGAAGGACUUCUACUCCGACGGCCCUUCCAUCUUUCUCUCUGUCUGUCUCUCUCUCUCUCUCUCCUUUUCUUUCUUUCUCUCUCUCUCUCUCUCUCUCUGUCGCUGCGGCGAAAUCGUUCUCGCUCUGGCGCACACACAUACACACACGUACACAUAUAUACACCACGCACCCCCACGAGUCGUUCCUUACCCUCCAAUCACAAAGACGAAGCAGAACGACUUCUCUCUUUAGUGUUUUCAAGAUAAAUUAAAGUCCCGACGGACGAAACGGACGAGGAAGUGUGUAUAUGGUAUCGCGUGCGGUACUCGGUACUCGCGGUAUUCGGUAUAAACCCGUGAUCCGGCUGGCUCGAAGGAGCACGAGAUCAUAACUCGGAAGAGACGACAUUACCAGUACGUAUUCACGGUGAAUCCAGACGAAGGGAAGGAAGAGCAGGACGAGACAGCUGCCACGCUGAACUCGGUGUACAUCAACCUGUGGAGGGUUGCGAGAGAGUGUAUUUGCGGCGGCGGGUCGCGGUGCAGACAAAGUGGGAUGAGACGCCCUCAGCAAGAACAUCUCCAUCAUCAUCACCACCACCAUCAUCACCAUCACCACCAUAAUCAUGGAUCCUCAGCAAGCCCCACGUGCUCUCGUCAAGCGCACGAUAAGGACGAGUCUCGUCUCGCUCGCGUAAAGCGCGUUCUGGCCGGUUCGCUGCUGGGCCGCGGCGCGGGCACCAGCAGGAUCUUUGGCACUCGGCUGGAGCUAGUCGAGUCAUACCACGACACGGGCGUACCGUACGUGGUGCAUCGACUAUGCAGUUACAUCGAGACUCACGGUUUCCAGAGCGCGGCGGUGUUCCGUCUGUCGGGCGGCAAUCCCCGACUGGCGGAGCGGUUGAGGGUGGCUUUUGAACGGCGGGGCGACGCCGAUCUGGAAGCAGCCGGGUGCCCGCCGACCGCCGCGACCCUCCUUCGUCAGUACCUGAAGGAACUACCGCAGCCCGUCGUUCCCUCCACCGUUGUUGGCAGAUUACUCAACCUACAUGCUCAGAACUACGCGAACGAUCAUGAUUCUUGGAUCACGUCGACGAAGGAGUUGCUGUCGACUCUGCCGUCCUCACAUUAUCAUCUGCUCGGGUACCUGGCGAUUUAUCUUAGCCGGUACGAGGCGCGACACGGACGCAGCGCCGGUGUCUGCGGUGUUUUCGCACCUGUCAUCCUGCCUCACGUGCCGCCAGCGACUACCCUCCUGCGGGACAUCCUUGCCGAGGCGUUAGUGUUGUUUCCCGAUUGUGUCCGUGAUAGUACGGUAAACGGUGUCUUACCUGCUGGCGAUUGCAAGAUCUGCAAGGAUACGAGGAACGAGCCGAAGGACUCCGAAGGCACGUCUCUGCUUUGCGCGCUGAAACCGCGUAAGCGCAAGGAACGUCGUGAAUCCUGCUGCCAGGAACGGAAGUUGAUAAGGAGCAGUAGUGAGGAACGUGUUCUUGACAGUCCCACCGACGUCGUCGCAGAUACAAUUAGACGUGUGAGUAGCCACGAAGAUUUCAACAGCCAGGAACAUUUACAUAUUUUAUCGCAACUCGGCCAAGAUAUGGGACACGGUGUGAGAUGCGGCGGUUUACCGCUUCACGAGAGAACCAACGUCUCGCCGGUCUCAAAGAAAACGUCAUCCGUGCCGUCGCCAUGCGAAGUGGUCGUGGCGACUGAGAAAUAUGACUGCGACGCUGAGAAAUUGAGGAGUAGCGAACGUUUCAGCAGAAGUAUCACCCCGAGAGGUAGGAGACAAGCGCGUAGAAGAAGAGUGCACAGAGUUCCGGAUGCGGAUCAAAGUUCCAGCAAGGAAAACGAAGAAGAGUCUGAAAGUAUGUAUAUUGCCAAUUUAUCACCGAACCCGAGCAGCCAUAAUGGCUCGCCGGCUCAAAGCUUUUUGGAGAUGCUGAGCAGCGGGCCGAGCAGAUCACCUUCGCCUGCUCGUCCACCUACCGUCGAUCACGAAGAUGUGAAUAAUCCUAGCUUGACCAAUUGGGGCUUUCAACAUUUGGAAGGAAACGAAGAAGCUGUGGACGCGCGAGUCGAAGCCAUGCUCUCGCCGAGAAAUUCGCUGUUGCUUCCCAGAAGAUUUUACUCCGAGGAAGAGAUACAACCGAGCACGGCAACUUCAUCGGACGUAGGGCUGAAGAAUUUGGCAAAACAUAUUAAUGGCCUGAAGAAAAAGAUCAAAAAGUACGAGGACGAAUUCGAGGAGAACUUCGGCUAUCGGCCGAGUCACUCCGAUAAGAUGAGCAACCGCGACAUCAAGCGAUUAUGCACAGAGCUGAAUAAAUUGCGAAAAGAACAUAAAUUGCUCAAGGAGGAUCCGAUAGGUGCGCUUCUGGCCAACAACCGAUCGAACACUGCCGGCAGUCCCAUUAACAACAAUAAUAGCCAUGAGAAAUCUCGGGCGACAUCGAUGGAGGAGAUGGUGAAGGAAGCGGAGAAGAAACUCAGCGAGAAGCGGCUCAAGUCUAAUCGGCCCGAUAAUAUGGAGGAGCUCAGCUACGAGCAGCUGUUGGAUGAAAAGACGGCCGUCCAAAAGGCGUUGCUUCACAUCGAAAACACUUUCGGCAGGCCGGUCUCUAAGGAAGACAGAGGGGUCGUUCGACCGUUGUACGAUCGGUACAGGACGUUAAAGAGAUUGCUCAUCAGAGCAGGCGCGAGCAAAAACAAGGACAGCGUAUCAGAAUUGGCUACGAUUUUAGAGCACGAAACGAUGGAUUUUACGUCGUCGAGUUUACCAGUGAAUCCCGCGGAAACCGACAGGAGGGCCAGCGAGCCCGAUAUGUCUCACCGAGGUAUCCUGGACUGCAUUGAUCCCGCGGAUCAAUUGCCGACCGACAGCGAUAGUCAGCACAGCAGCAGCGAAGGCAGUCGCGGUCCCGCUGAAAGUCUACACGCUCUUCCCCAAGAAGAAUUACUGAUACAGCAACGGGCUACUCGAGAGGAGAAGAAACGACUUCGUAGGGCGUUGAAGGAGCUGGAAGCACAGUUUGAAGCUCGAGCUGGCCGUCGUAUGCAACGCGAAGAUCGUGGACCGCAAGUUACCACCGUGUACGAGUCCUACAAACAAGCGAAAGCGAAAUUGAGAUUGAUUGACGCCCUUAUAGCCAAGAAGGCUUGACGCAGUAUUUAAUGCACGAAUAAUGAAGAGUGAAAUUACGCUAUUGAAACUCCUGAACGAGUUUCGAGUGCUAUGGGACACAGCUAUUGUACCACGAAUGCAGCGACACAUUUAUGUAGUCCGACGCUAUUUGCAUCGUGAAAUCACAAUUAAAAGGGCCUGAAGAAACAGUUCGAUCCAGCAUCUGCUGAAGCGAGAAACAAUAAUGUAACCAGAAUCUAUCGCCCAGAAUCAAAAGGUUUCGAAGGCAAAAACGUGGAAGUGGAUGACAUUUGCGAGUGUAAGAUUUACUUCGCUUUCGUAAGUUCAUGCGUACCAAUGUUUUAUUUAAUUUUCUUCCAGUCGCGCAGAUUCCGCAUUACAAUGGGAAGUAAUACUGAAUAUUUUUCGAUAUUAAAUCAAUGCAUUAUUUACAGCAUCGUUGUUUCGAUCAGCUUAAAAGACAUAUUGGAAGUACGCAUGAACGGACAAGUUAUAGUGCGCAAUAGUACGAUUACUGAGUAAAAACAUGGUAUCGAGAUAGCACAUUUGAGAUCUUUAAGCACUAAUAAUUCUAGAGCAUAAAGUGAUUGCUAUGAUACAUCGUGCUAUGAUACAUCGUGUAACACGCACGAUGAGAUAAUCGUGAAUCUCGUUUCAUCACAUCAUUGUAUUUAUCAUUCGUUCAUUUUCAAUGAAAAAUUUCCAUUUGAUUGUCCUCCAAUUUGUUUAUCUUGUAUGCAGGAUUAAGAUGGAUUUUUGACAACAAAAAAUCUGAAUACCUGUUUUGAUAUAUUCACAGUUUAUAAAUUGUCAACCAAUUGGUUACAAAUAUGAAACGUACUUAUAUUUUUAUAUAUAUUUGUUGCAAAGAUUUUUAAAUUUUAUUUAUAUUUAAAGUGUCAAGUUUUAUACGGAUAAACGCAAGAACCAAUAUCGAAUGAGCAAUGCCUGACGUUAAAGAUGGACUUGUCGUUUUAAUCGUUUUAAUCGUUAAGGCAAAUCCAGAUUAAGAUUUUUGCAAAAUACACAAAGGAAAGACAUAUAUCACGGUUUGAGGUAAAUAUAUCAAACAACAUUUUUAUUUAAAACUUUAAUAAAUAAUUCUAUAUAUUUGUUUUUCAAAGGGAAUACACUUUGUUUGUUUGAUGAACUAUUUCUGAUUAUUUUAUCAUUGUCAGAAUUGUUUUUUUUUUGUUUUUGUUUUACAGAACUGAUUUAAUAUAACAAUUGAUUUCACCAACGAGUAAUACUAUAUCGAUAAGAUGUAGAAAACUAGAAGAGAACGGGUAUUCAUAUAAUGAAUGGACGUUUAUAGCGAACCCGAUAUUUAUUUUAUCAUUUUAAAGUAAUCGCUGAAGUCUAAUGCUGAGAGAGUAAAGAACGAAUCUGUGGGGUUACUCGUAAUGUAAGUACCUUGUAAGAGAUAUCACAUGUUGUAAUAUUGUAGAGUACUAUAAAAUGUUACGAUCUUAAUGACGUAUUAAAAGAAAGAAAAGAAUAUUCAUUAAAAGAAGCUCGUUGAUUUUUGCGUUUAUAUUUUUGUACAAGUACGAUUUUAAGGCCGUUCGCAACGUAUACACACAGCCGAUUAGGGAAUACCGUAAAAACGCCUUAAAAUUCCACUUGAUCGAUUUUUUCACGCAGAAUCUCUAGAAUCAAGGGUGCUAAUGGCUUGAGUUCUACAGCGUGCCGACUAACAUAAAAAGAAAUGCUUUGCAAGUCUUACUGAGUUGCAAUCGCGCCGAAGGGGUUCUUGCUUUUUACUACAUCAUUGCGACGAAAUUAGUCAUCGACUAUCUCAAAAAUCUCAAUAUAUAACCAAGAUGCAAAAAUUGUGAUGAUUCUAUCUCUUUGCAGGAACGGUGAUAGUUUCUUUUGACAACAUUAGAUAACAUUUUUACACAAAAAAAGAAUUUCUCUUGCAGUGAUUAGCAAGUCCAAAUAAUUUUUUAUACUACAACUUUCUUUUAAAUUCCAAUAUAAUUGCUCCACAAAGAGUUGAGUUUUGCAUAUUCGUUAUAUAUUGCGAUUUUAACAUCGAAUUCUUCAGAAAAUUAGCAAACAACCCCGUAAACUAAUUCCACACACCCGCAGAUAAAAUUGAUAAAGUUUUUGGAAAAAAAAUUAUAUAUCGGCGUUGACGAAAUAAUCACGGGCAUGUGAAUGCGAAAAAUGCGUGUCCGUUCUAAUUAAUAAAAAUUAAUAACAAGCAAAAAAAAAAAAGAAGAGAGAAUGAAACAAUUUUUUAGACCAAAGCAUUUUUUAGUCUGUGAUAUAAUGAGAGAUAUAUUUGCGUUAAGAUGGAAGAAUGUGUGUGUGAAGUAUUCGGUUCCGUUUUUUUUCUUCCUUUUUUCCUUUUCGAAAGCGAUUUUUUAGACGAUUGAGAUAAAGGAGGGAAUGAUUUUUCCGCCGUUUUCUCCACAGAAGACGAUUGGUGUUGGCAAUCUCUUCAGAAGAUCUUACAGCGAUGACGAUAACUUAAGUAAAGCCAUGUCUUUUCUGGUAGAACAGUUGCAGGCAGGAUAAUCAUUGCAGAGAACACAAAAUAAGAGCAGAUUUUUUUUAUAAAUAACCACAAUGAUUGAAAUAAAUAUAUCAAGAUAUUAAAAUAAUCAAGCACUAAAUCGCUCUGUUAAUCGAUUGAGUCUUGAAAUUAAUUAAUCUCUCUUAUCUGGUAUCAUUUAUUGACUUGUUUCUCAAUAGACUCUUAAAAGUAAGCGGUAGUAAAAGUAUUUUAUUGUCGCAAUAAGAUUGUUCUCUGCGUUUCUCUCGAUUGUACUUCUGCAUCCGUACUGCCGAAAGGACUUAUUCACGAGAGUAAAUUCAUUUUGUAUUCAACGUCACAGGAAUGUUUUUAUUUCCCACGGGCGCAUCUAAGCCGCGUCCUUCUACAGUAGGAAAGAAAGAGAGCAAAUUAAUCUUAUCGUAGAUUUAAGAUGACAUUUUAUAUUAACGUUAAUUAAGGUACAUUUUGUAGUGCAUAGUGUCUUUAACAUAUAAGAAUGGAUGAUUCUGUGUAGUUGCUUCGAGAGAGAGAGACAGAAGCAGGAACACUUUAGAACAGAGAUCGCAGAUACAGAGAAGCGAGAAAAUUUUAUUUAGCAACACUAAGAAGGCAGAAUCGGAUAGAUUAUGAAUCGUUGAAUUAGUACUUUAAAAGAAAAAAAACAAAGAGAAACGCUAGAUAUUCCAUGCCGACCGCAUGAUUUCCGACGACAUAUCUAGAGAGAUUAGAGCCUUGCGACAGAGAGAACGAAGAAAGAAUAGAUGAGCAGAGAAAAUUAAUUGUGUAACGAUCAAUUUCUCUUGGGUAUCGUCGUACGUAGCUGCAACUGACAAUUGCAAUUGACCGUGAGAGCCGCGACGACGAAAAAUCCGUCUCUAUCCGUAGGAGUCCUAAAAAAACAAAAAAAAAUAAACAAACCACCUUCGGCGUUUAUACACAAAUGUUGAUAUUAUGUAUAUACAUAUAUAUAUUAUAUGUAUAGAGGUACAGGCAGAGCUGCGCAUACAUAAAUUACAUACAACCGUACAUGCAUACGAACGAAUAUUACACAUUAUUAUGAGGUAGCACGCAGAAUCGAAUAAAGUGGAAUAUGAUCUGCUAAAAA